AUAGAUAGAAUAAAGAAGAUUCAUGGAAAAUUAGAUAAAAUUGACCAGGAAAUAGAUCAUCUCCACUCCACGGAUACCAAACAUCUUAUGAUAAAGAGACCGGAAACAAGUUCCUUCCUCGAUGAAUGCUCUGUUCAUGGCCGGAAGGAAGAGAAGAAAAAAAUAAUUGACUUAUUAUUGUCAUCUGAUCAAAAAUCAAAUACGGAUAAUGUUUCUAUAAUUUCAGUAGUUGGUAUGCCGGGGAUUGGAAAGACAACCCUCGCUCAGAUUAUCUACAAUGAUGAAAAGGUAUGUAGAUGGUUUCAAAUAAGAGCAUGGGUGUCUGUGGACAGAGGCUUUAGUCUCAAAAAACAAAUAAAGUCGAUAAUAUAGUCUAUAGAGUCCACCCGCAGUUCCCCAAACGAAAGGCCGGCCGUUCGGUCCUCCGUAAACAUCAACAGGGAUUUAGAUGUACUUCUAUAUGAACUUAAGCAACUGAUGUCCGAAACGAAAUUCUUUAUUGUUCUAGACGGCAUCUUGGAAAUAAAUGAGGAUGAUUGGAAUCCAUUAAAAGCUGCUUUGAGAGAUGGAGUUAGGGGAAGCAAAAUUCUAAUAACCACCCAGAAUCAAUAUGUAGCUAAGAUUACGGGCAGUAUUUAUACCUUGAGUUUAGAUUGUUUGUCCAAUGAUGAUUGUCGGUCAUUGUUUGAAGAAAAAGCAUUUCCAUGUGGAAGGUCAUGUGGGAACUUGGAAGAAAUUCUUGAGAAAGUUGAUACUAAGUGCAGAGGUGUGCCCUUGGUAGCUAGGACCCUUGGGCACUUCUUUAACUCCAAAACUUACAGGCAUGACUGGGAUGCUAUAUUGGAAAGUGAUCUUUGGUCAAUACUUGGAGUCAAUAAUGACAUCUUUAGAGCUCUGUCAUCAAGCUAUCUUAAACUCCCUACAUGUUUGAAGCAGUUGCUUGCUUACAGCUCCAUAAUUCCCAAAGGCCAUAAAUUUGACAAGGAUAAAUUAGUCCAUUUAUGGAUGGCAGAAGGUUUUAUUAAGCCAGAGGGGUUUGUUCAACAACAAGGGUCCAUAGGAAUAGAAAAUCUGGGAUAUGACUACUUCAAUGAUUUGGCCUCUAGGUCUUUCAUUCAAUGUACAGAUACAAACCAGUCAUCAAAUGAAGGCUCCGAUAACCAGUUAGAAUAUGAAAUGCAUCAUGUCGUCCAUGAUUUUGCAUACUUCAUCUCCCAAUAUAACUGUUUGAAAAUGGAGAAUUUGGAACAGCUAGAAAGGCUCUCUUCAGAUAUCCGUCAUUUGUCACUUCUUUGUAAAAAUAGACGUGAAAUGGCAUUACAGGCCAUCAAUGAAGUGGGAAACAUAAGAACAAUCCUCCGGCGAUGUCAGCAUACUCCUGUCAUUCAUGAAGUCUACUCUCUAGAUAGAGGGUUCGAGAACUUGCGUGUAUUAGACUUAAGUGAUACUAGCAUCAAUGCUUUGCCAGAAUUUAUUGGUUGUUUAAAACAACUUCUGCAUCUUGAUCUAUCUCGUACUUACAUUUCUUCCUGCAAAGAAAUCUGUAGACUUUCUCGUUUGCAAUGCUUGAAACUAAUGGAAUGUCCAGAACUUAGGACCUUGCCAGAAAUGGAGGAAUUGACCAGCCUAAGACAUCUUCAUCUGGACCAAACUCCACUACUUGACAUGCCACGAAAUAUUGGAAGGAUAACCAGUCUUGAGACGCUUUCCCACUUCAUUGUUGGGUCAGAGGAGGAAAACAAGAUUGGAGAGUUGAAGGGGAUGGCAGCAUUUAAAGGAUCCCUGCACAUUUCAAAGCUUGAGCAUGUGAAUAAUGCUGAGGAAGCUAGUGAUGCUGCACUGGUAAAAAAAGAACUUCGGGAGUUAACCUUGGAGUGGAGUGAGCGACAAAAUUACCAAAGUCCUAAUGUUGCAGAUGAAGUCCUUGAUAAUCUCCAACCUUAUGAGAAAAUCAAAGAAUUACAUAUAUUGGGUUUUGGUGGUAGCAGGCCUCCCACUUGGAUGGUCCAGCCAGAUUUUUCCAAUCUUCUCACAGUUUUCCUUCACGGGUUCAAAAACUGCAAGUUCCUUCCACCUCUUGGGCAGCUCCCCUAUCUUCAGUCACUCGGCAUAAGUAAAAUGGACUUUGUGACAGAAAUGGGUGCUUACUUUGGUAAAAGGCGAAAUAGAAAUGGAAGGGAGGUUCCAGCAUUUCCUUCCUUGUUGAUGCUUAAAUUUGAAGAUAUGCCUCGUUGGAAGAGAUGGGAUGGUGUUAAGGAGGAUGAUUUCCCUCGACUUGUUAAACUUACCAUCACCAAAUGCCCUGUGUUAGAGGGUCUUCCUACACUCAAAUUGAAGGAUUGUAUGAAAGCCAUGAUACUCUGUGGGAUAGAAGGGCUGAAAUUCUGAAUGAUUUUGCAUUACUGUGUACAGGGCAGCCCUGUGCACAAGGCUCCCACCGAUGCAGAGUCUGGGGAGGGACAGAUGUAUGCAGCAUUUCCCCUGCACAUACAGAGAGGCUGUUUCCAAUUGCAUUACUGUGUACAAGCUAAUAAAAAUUCAUUGGAAAAGUUUUAAUUUAGGCAGCACUCUACUGGAUUAUUGGUGUUUCAGAUUGUUGCUUGUAUUUUAUCAUACUUGCUAAUGGAUCCCAUUCAUGAGA